CGAAGGUGUGCACACAAGCAAUAGACGAUGACCGUCGUCUUUGCGGACGCCGUUUGGAGCCAAAACCUCUACUAGUCAACGAUGACGGUUCGAUGACGAUGGUGGCUUAUCGCGAGCUCUGUAGCGUUGGUCGUUGGUUCUUUUGGUUUUAGUUCGUGAAUAGUGUUUUUAACGUGUUUGGCCGGAGUUUAUGGGAUUUACUGAACGGCGUGUCACUGUUUAUUUCAUGGGGUUUUUGUGAGGUUCACCGGUGUCAGAAUAGAACGUGAUUGAAUCUUGGCGAUUGAUUCUGUGUGUUCAACCUUACAAGGAAGAAAUAAACCAUCCCGAGUUGAAUACCGGGUGCUCGUUGUGUUGUGAUCAUGAAAUUGAUUUUUACGAGCUCGCGUGAUUGUGCAAGAGAUCUGUUUUCGUGAAUGGAAGGCCGGUAGAAAAUAAGAGCGUGAAAAGUGCUUUUCUUCGUACAAGUUGGUUUGAUGGUGCAACGAUAGAUUCGACGUUGGGGGUCAGCCAAAGAUAAGAGUCUACAUGUGUGCUAACGUAGCGGAGAAUGCGUUUCGAAAGUUGAAGAUCGCCUGCGCUGAGUUUAUCGAGCAAAUUGCUCAAUGCGCUUCACCGAAGAUUACGGUCUCCAUUAUCUGUGUCAACUGUGUAUUCAACGGAGUGAGUGAGUGAGCGAGUGCGAGUGCUGUCUUGUGACAUAAUAAUCAAUCAAUUCAACUGGAAGCCGAGCGGUAGAGGUAAGAAGUAAUAGAAAGGCAGGAAGUUCUGCUCGAUUUGCUCGGUGAAGACGGGGUCAGUCAGUCAGUCAGUCGAUCGGCGCACUUAGACGGACAGUUGAGUUAUUGCAUAUCAUUAGCACGGAUUUUUUUUCACUCAUUGUUUGCCGCCAUCAAUCAACGGUACUUUUGACUCGCGGAUACCGAGGUACCGCUCUGAAUACAUUUCAUCCGCCUAUACUGUGCUACCAUUUCAUUGCGCUUGAGCUGAAUUUAAGAUGUCACGUUCAAACUUUCAACGGUCCCAGAGUCGGGUCUGGUACGGCAAUGGAAACGUUCCGGAUAAUCCAUUCUACGGGGGCGCUGCUGCUGUAGGCAUGGGUGGCGGGUAUUAUUUUCUCUAUAACCGACUGCAGGAAGGCAGACAGACGUCGUCGUCGUUGAGACCUUCGGGGCCCAGCAGCUUUCAGGAUUUGGACGAAGAGGAGGAACUGCUGGAGCAGAGGACACCCGAAAAACAAAUCAAUGAUGGGAUUGCGAAUGUCAGUGGCAGUAGUAGCACCAGUGACGGAUCUGUCCGAGUCGGAAGUACAGUUUGGACGGAAGCCAACCGACAGGGUAGCCCCGCUAGUCAUAAGAGUCAGGACUCAGGGUUCUCGGACACUGAACUGUCGCCAAACAUGCCGUCGAUCGGCAGCAAUACCAUUUCUAACAGUAAGAACUUCAUCGAAAACCAGUCCAGCCCGGACAAGCUCACACCAAAGCGUACCAUCAACGAGCAGCUCUUCCAGAGAUCUCCCUCAAUCUCCAGUGAAAUCUCCACCCCACCAACCGUCAUUCGCAGACCCGCACCGGAGGUUACUCGGGAAGACAUAACCGUGCGUCGAAUAUCCUACAGUGAGCCGAAUUCACCGACACUGUCUCCUCCAGCUCCAUUCGAUGAGUUUGUUUCCAAGAUCGACAGCCUCAAUUUCGAUAACACCUCACCUCUCGAAGCUAGUCAACUGAGUAUAAGAGUCAACGCCACCGAGGAAGAAGAACCUUCUUCGGGACCUUCGUCGCUGUUAUCAUCGUCCUUUCAUUGCCCUACUCGAAGCAGUGGCAGCUCUCUCAAGCGAGGUCGUGUAAUCACCAAGUGCAGCAGAGUGAAAAGAAACCUCAAUCAUCAGUUGCGAGAUUCCGAGGAAGAUAUGAUUUCUCUGGACAGCAGCGAACUGACAAAUAUCCUCAGCCAAACACUCACACAAGAUGUCACAGUUUCGAACUUAAAAACACCGAAAAGCAUCCUCAAAACUCCUCCUUCCUACAACAACGAAACCGUACUUUUAGGUUACGUUUCUCCCGAUCCCAAUAACAACCAUCGUGUCGAUAGAGACAUUCCUAUCCGUGAAAAGGAACUUCCAUCCUACGCGGAGCUCUACCCCAACGGAACGUCCACCCCAAUCAUGUACCCCGCAAAAUUCUACCGAUCGCUCCCGCCAACCCCAACCCGAACCCAACGCUCCCCUAUAAAAUUCCGUCCCACGAAACUUAUCGACAACUUCUACGAAGAGCCCGACAUCGACCUGUCCAGCCAACGGCUUUCCCAGCAAACCGACCUGAACUUCACCGAGUACGAUAACCCCCUCCUAAACGGCCACACUCCAGCCGUCCAGUCCUGGCUCGACGGGCUUCGAUUCUCCUACCAGAGUGAAGUCAUGUCCAUCCUGCAGACGAAAUCCAUCAGCGUGGAAGCAACGCGAAACUUGAAAAUGACCUCGGCAACCGCGGUCAAGUUGAUACGUCACCUCCAGUCCAAAGUCGUCACCCUGCAGGGUGAGUUCGAGAAAGUCGAAAGAGUGUUCGCCUCGAUCAAGCGCUACCAACAGCAACAAGAGGAUGAGGACGAAGAUGAUGAAAAGGAGAUCUACCAACAGGCGGCUCCCCUCGUCCAAAGCCUUGCCGCCAAUAUAUACCAAUUCGUGCAGAAGCAAAAGUCCAACGACUACUUCGGAAAGGAUCCUCUCGAACGAGCAGACCUCAAAAAGUUUCAUGAAAACACUCGAUCGCUGGUCGAUAUGACUACGGACCUGCGAAUCGCUGCUGCCAACGGAGAGGACUUCGAUUACCGCUCGGUAGAAGAAGAGAUCCAGAUCAUCAAACGGUACUUCCUCAUCACGAUCAGAUUGAUCUUCAAAAACUUGGUGAAGGUGAUCGUGGACACGAUCGAGGAUUCCAAGAGCGAUUUAAUACUGCGAUCGAACCUGAGCUACGUGUCGACGCUGUCCAACCUAGAUUACCAGGGUCUGGCGUCGUUGAACGAUGCCUUCAUAUCCAACGGGACGGUACGGGCGCUGUUGAUCGUGUGCAUUGAGUGCAAGUUCUCGUCAAUUCGGGCCUUAGCGUUGCGAGCGCUUGCAACCGUGUGCUCGACGACGGAAACCAUCAGACAGCUGGAGAAAGCGGAUGGGGUGGAGAUCCUGAGGGACAUUUUGGCUGAUCAAAAGUCGAACGAGCGUAGUGAACCGGAGUUUCGAGAAGCGGUAUCGGUGCUGACGCAGAUUACGGCACCGUGGCACGGGGAGGAUCACCGAAUAGACGGGUUAAGGCAACAUGUGCACGCGAUCGUGGAGGCCGUCACAGAGAUUGUCGAUAAAACAACCUGCUGUCAGACGCUGCUGCUGUGCUCCGCAUGCCUCAACAACCUGGCCAGGAUCGAGGCCACCGCCGUCUACUCGCUGAUGUCACACGAGACUGCCGGAAAGCUGAAGGCGGCCACCCUACGGCGGGGACCGGGCGCAUCGAUUUUCCUUUUUGAGCAAAUCACGUCGAUGCUGUACAACAUGUCCUCGAACAAGAAAUCGCACCACCACCUGGCCGGCCGACCACUGAUCAACUUCCUCACCGGCGCGUUCAAUCAGAAGUUCUUCGAACGGAUGGAAAGCCGCGUGGAAACCGAAGCCCAGCGCAAGACAAUCAAAAACAUCCUGCACGUCCUGUCCCGUCUGGUGACAAGUGGCGCCAUUGGAUCCCACGACGAACUGCUUGCGACGACGAUUGUGCCGAUUUUUGCCCGAAUCGAGCGCACCCUGGACGACCACAACGAGCACUUUCGGGACAAUUCCCAGCUGAACCGGCGCCUCAACGAGAGCCUUUCCGGUUGCGGAGGAGUUUCGAAAGCAGAAACGAGUCCACCGGCGAUGCUUUCCAUUCUAGCGCCAUCGCAAAGCGCCACGACCGCAAAUCCAUUCAUAACGAGAUUAACUAUCGAACGGCAACCCAACGGGGGCAUCAUUAUGCUGGACAACAACCGCCAGGAGAGCUAUGUUUGAUGAAGCGAAUCCGGAUGCCAUCGUUGGCAGUUUCGAGGGCACGACGCGGUGGUUCAGAUUCUAGCUGAAGCAUUACACAACGGAACAAAUUUGGGUCUCAAGCACCAAAAUACCGUCAUUUACUUCAUUGGAGGUUACUGAAGCUAUUGCUAUUUUCAAAAAUGUCAUAGUACGUCUGGUUUUACAGAUUUGACUGAUGAAAAUUUAAUGUCUUAUUUAUUUUGUUUGGUCAACUUGCAUGCAAGUUUGCCAACUUGUAUGCUGAUUUAUGUGCGUAAUUUAUUACAGAAGCUGUAAUCAUGUCCAAAACAAAUUUAAUCAAUAUGAAAUUGUGCAACUUUGAUCAAACAUUGUCUUAUAUAGAAGUUUAAGUCCUAUUGAAGGCUCUGUGGGCUGGAUAAAAAAAAAUUAAGAAUCAUAGUUAAAAUGUUACUUGAACAUCAAUAAAACCAGUAUUUAAUACAACUUUGAUGAGCUGUAUCACAAAAUUGUGACGAUCUGGAACAUUUCUUAAAUUGGCAUUGGAUUCAGCAAUCCCAGAGAAACAUAAUUUAAUCUUUUGGACACACAAAAAUAAUAUAUUUUGUUCAUCUGUGAAAUCAAUGUGGAAUUUUUCAUCUGUCUUGCAAUUCGGUUAUUCUGAACCACUGUGUACUGCCUACAAUACUCGAAAAGCUUUUAAUACGAUUGACUUGCGCGUUGUUCGCCGACAGGGCGAAAAUGAAUCAGUAGUGGCUCUCCGAAAACCUCAACGCAUUGCAAUGUGUCGGUAACAUAAUCAACCGAGUUAGACCAUAUCACCAGGACUCGAUAAAUUAUUCAUGAAGCUGAUAAAUACGAUUGCUCCCACGGAUCUCUCUCAUUAGCACCGUUGCAGUGGGAUGUAGAGGAAUUCCGGCGAAGUCGAUGUAUCGAGUAUCGGGUGGAAAAUUGCGACAAACAAGCUAAUACCGGCCAUACUUUAGUCAGUGUGAGGCCACUUUGAUGUAUGAUGUUAAUGCCAGUGCCAAAUAAAUCGUGUGUCGAUGAACCAAACUGUAUACACUCUAAGCAGACAUACCUUAUCGUAGGUGCCAUAACGGUUGUAUUGUAUAGAACAUUUAUGCAAAUAGUAAAUUAUUCAGUGAGAUCGAAAUUUUGGUAAUAUAUUUGACAAUUUUAUAUUUUAUAACGUAGUUAAUGCCAUAAAUCAUAAGACCGUAUACUUCGAUUUUUGUAAAUAAACUACCUGUAUCUGAAAA